CGAAUGCGAAAACAAGAUGGCCGCUGAUGUUCAAGUGAAGAGAUUAUAAAGCAGUUUUAAACACUUACAUCUCUUGUAAUAGUACAAACAAUGGCACCGCUAUUGAAGCCGCUAGAUGGAUAGCUAACAAAGCUAUGUCUCACGACCCUAGUGCGUACAACAGACACGUUAUUGGCGACAUAGCACGAGCUCAUGGCGGACAUGAGCACACGUUUGGUCGUAGCUCUAGUUAGUAAACUUUUAGUGUGGAUAUAUGCUGUGUUAUUGAGCCCUCAUUCAAAAUGUCUAACUCAAAUACUUCUUUGCUUUGUAGUCCCAAACGGAGAGCAUCUAUCCAGGCCAAACGAAGUCGAGAGAAAGAGAAAUUAUAAGCUUAUCAUUGAUCCAAUGUUAAAAGGCAGAGGACAUCAAAAAAUUUAUAGAUUUGAGGGGGAUUUUGACGGAGUAAGCCGUGUUUUGGAUACUAUGGAUAGCCGUAAACUUCCCCUAGUAUCAGUGCUUAAAUUUUAUGCUGUUUUGUUCUAGCAAACGCCAAUAAUUCCUAAAGACCCACGGUCAAGACGGACGCGUCUUUGGUCGACAAGAACUAAAGCUGAUUUACCCGUGCCCAAAUUUAAGGUAUAUUUUGGAAAAGGAACUCGAUGACUUACUAAAAUACGGAUCUAAAUCUUAGAAAUUACGUUUUCAUUCAUCAACAAAUAUUGUCUAAACAGUGCUUGACGAUCGGCCAAUAAGACGCGGGAAUGUCGCCCACCCGAAGCGAGAAUGUUUAAUUUAUGCUGUUGUGAUUUAAUAUCGUUUCAGAUCGAUAAAUUUUACGUCGGCAUUCCUCCACAACGCGAUGUCAUUCUCAAUGGACUCAAUGAUAAUGUGGAUAGGAAAUUCCUGCAGGAAAUGUGCGAGAAAUUUGGAAAUAUCGAAGGAGUGAAGAUUUUUUACGACCCUGUGACAAAACGUCAUACGGGGAAAGCCCGUGUUGGUUUCACGACAUCCGUCAGUGCCAAGCUUGCUUUGGCCAAACUCGAUGGCACUUCCAUCAUGGGCUGUAUUGUUCAUGCUGAUUUUGAGCAUAAAGGUAGUGGAUUUGGUGAAAAUUUUAAAAAUGUUUUGAUUGUUUUGAUCGAGGUUUUGAUGUAGAUUUCGUCACUGAUCUAUUAAUGACACUGGACACAAUUCCCAUUGUUUGUUAUAUGUUUUAUGAGUCUUGUCGACGUUUUAGUGCAAGGCAACACCACAUAUAAUAUUAAUUGAAUUUGAUACUGAAUUUUGCUGCAAACCUCUAACAUUACUAGAAAACAUGCUAGGGAUGAGCCGAUAAGGAAAAUUGCCAAUUACUGAGGCCGAUUAUUUAUAAAGCCCGCUGCACACGAGAGCAACUUGCUGAGCUAACCGCCUUGAGUGGCAGCUAGCUCAGCUAUGUAUUUUCACUGCACACGUUGGGAAAACUACUCAACAACAACAUAGUUAACAAAAUUAUUUGCAUUUUCCUCCAUUUUGUUCCAUGUCACAUGAAGAAACCAUGGUUUGUCAUUGGCUAAUUGAUUCAAACAACUCAGCAUUUAGCUCACAACAUCCGCAGAUGCUGAGAUUUUUUCCUCACGAGGUGAAAAAUAUCAAACACGAUAGAUAUUUUCCUCAAGGCCUUGAGAGGUCAAAUCCUCACAAAAACUAUCCGCACACAAGAGCAACUUGCUGAGCUAACUAUGUGUGCGGCGGGCUUAAGCUGAUUUUUGUAACUAAUCGGCCGAUUAAUUGGUACCCGCCGAUUAUUUUAAAAAGCAAGCGAAAAAUCACAAGAUGACCAACAAUGAAGUUCUAAAUGCGGUUUUAUUGUUUACAAUACACAUUAUGUACAAUUGAAAACAGCUUCAAUCUUGCAUGUCAAUAGUCAAAGUUUAGUUUUGGCAGAUUAUGGGGUAAAAACAGGAUAUUGUCAGCUAUGCGGAGCUAGUCUGCUGCGUUUUUCAGUGGAAAUGUUCCCAGCUUCACUUCGCUCGAGACAAAAGACACAGGUUUUGCAACAAAAUGUGAAAAUCUAUUCGCUUGUAUUCAGUAUUUUAGCAUGUGCUUGGCAGCUGCAGAAAAAGUCUUAUGGCCGAAUAUUUGCCGAUUAUCACGCAAUAAUUGGCUGAUUACCAAUUACUUAAAAAACGGUCGAUUAAUCGGCUUUGCCGAUUAUUUACCAAUUAAUUGGCUCAUCCCUAAUACAUGCAUGCAGCAACCCUCUCGCCUAUAUUUUUCAACCCGAUGAUAUUUUACCUAUACAUAGCUUAAAAUGUUUUACAAAUAAUUUUAUUGUCAAUAUUUUUUGUUCUUAGUUGAAGUGAAACACAUCCAAAAGCCACAUGCACCUCCUCGCCGUGGUUCAGACCCAGUCCAUAAGACCCCUCCUACUAUUGAACGUAUUGCAAGCCACCAUGUCAUACCUACCCCACCUCCCUCCAACUCGUCCCCAGCAAAUAGCACCCCCUCAACCCCAGGCUCGUUGGGGCUUGUAGACCCUCGGAGACGAAACAGCAGUGCAAGCUCGGCAAGCUGUGACAAACAUCGAAGUAAGUCACCCUUGCCGUGGCCAACACCUCUCUCUCAAAAUAAAGUUCCAGUGUUUGAACCAAUCUCACCCCCCUCGGAAAAACUUCCUCUCCCCCCACCCCCUCCUCCUGAUGGACCUCCGCCUCCCCUGCCAGAGAAAUGUCGGACUCCCUCUCCAAUACCAAACACGACAAAGCAAGAUCGGUAUCAAAGUAAAGAUUCCAAAUCCUUGUCUAAAGGUGUGUGACAUUAACUUGUAUACCUCUGGAAUCUGUUGUAUGAAGCAGGGCUUGAAUUUUAUCGCGGCAAUUGCCGUAGAGGGAGAACAAAAUGUCGUGGAUCAUUGUGGCAAUGACGGCAAUUUUUUGCCGUAUAGUGUAAUUUUUAUACUAUUCAUUGAAUGUGCAUUACUAUUUUGAUACUGGAAUUCAGAUGUUCAUCAAAUCAUGCGUAAAGUACUAUUUUAGUCUCAGUUUUCUUCGGAAAAAAAACACUUAAAGAAAUAUGUAAACAUGUUUCUAGCUUGUCAACAAUCCAAAGUAACAAUAAACUUAACUUUUUAUUAAUUUGAAAAAGAUGCCGUGGAAACUGCCAAAAUUGCCGUAGACAGCUGUUGCGUUCUAUGGCAAUUUUUGACACCAUUGCCGUCGAUUGAUUUCAGGGAAAUUCGAGGCCUGGUAUGAAGGCUGCUAUAUACUGGCAUCAGGGUGUUAGCCAGGUGGCCAUCCGACCGUCCUAUGGACGGCCACUUCUGAAUUUGGACAGCUAAAUUUUAAUGGACGGCCUAAGGGAAGCUUUGUAAUAUUUCUUGAAUACUUCGCGCCAUAUUUUUGUAAAACGCGCUAUGUUUUUGUAACCAUUUUGAUGAUUCUCGCAUGAAGUAUCAAGGAGAAUAAUGUGAAACCGCUGUUUUAAAAAACGGCAAUCGCUUUAUCGCUCAAGCGCCACGUUACAGUUACGGUAGUGAUCAUACCAUACGUGUGCUUUUACUAAUUUAAUGAUGGAAGUGUGCAUCUAAAAGUAAAAAGGUUCAACGAAUAAAACACCACAAUUCCUCAACAACAGGAAAUUGUGGCCACACCCAAAAACAUGUGACCAUGCCCAUGAAAAUGUGUUGCCACGCCCACACAAUUAUUUUGGACGGCCACUUUUGGAAUCCUGGCUAACACCCUGCUGGACAUAGAUGGAUUUUCUGCUAUAUACUGGACAUAGACGGAUUUUCCCCAUUGGCAAAUGUGUCUGCAGACGCUGCUGCAGCCUGCUCAGCAGCGCUACUCACCGCUACCCCCUAAAUUUUUGGCAGACCCCCUAACUUUUUGGCACCCCCCCCCAAAAAAAAUGUUUUGGCAUCCCCCCCGAGCAAAAUCUGAAAUCAUCAAUUGCUCUCCACUUGACCAGUAAAAUUGUCUGGCGUUAGACAGAGCAAAAUAAUAAAGUAGGCGCAAUGCAACUUAAUGGGUUAACUAAAUACAUGGGCAGAUGGUCUGAUUAAUUAACUUGGUUGCAUGGUACCUCAAUCUACCUUGCUUUGUUAUAUUACUCUGUCUAACACCAGAUAUUUUACUCAUCAAGUGGCGAGCUCUGACAGUCAAUGGGUUAACAUCUGAUGUCAGACAGAGUAAAAUAACCAAGUAAGGUGCAUUAGGGUACAAUGCAACUGAAAACACUUGGGAAGAUGUCCACCAUCUACUGCUGUGUAAUGCUUGCUGAAAGCCACGAAUUAAUGCAUUUCUUGUUUAGGUUCAAGGGACUUGUACAACAAAAGUAGCCGUCAUGACGACGAGUCUGAUUGGAGAAGACGAGAUCGUAACUUGAGUCGAGAUCAUUUUGAACACAGCUCGUACCGACGUUCUUCAGAUGACAGAGGAAGAGAUUCACGAGAUUCGAGAUAUUCAAGUCACAGAGAUUAUUACUCGAGGGAUAAGGACAGAGACAGUUAUCAAAGGAGUGACCCCAGAAGAUACCGAGAUUCUGAAAGCAGACGAAGUCGAGACUCAGAUGACAGCUACGGUAGUGAGAAAAGCUUCAAGAGCUUGAAAGGUUAGCCAUUAGGAGUGUUGUUAAUUCUAAAAUAUAUGUGAGAACACAGUGGUGGAUUUAUAGGGUGUUGGUCAGAUGCCCUUGGUCAACAGGAGUGCAAAGGGGGGGGGGUGCAAAAAAUGAAACAAAAUCUUACUUUGAAAUGUUUGAGGUACCGCUAUUCAAAGUUUGUUAUCCGUCUUAGACUAACUUAAGUUUUUGCAUUCAAGGCAGCACCAUCGCACUAGUUCAAAAUACUAAGUCCAAUAUUUAUAUUUUUUAGUUUGAUUAAAUUAAAUAAAGCAAAUUCUCAAUUUUGCUGAAAAGGAUUUGAUAGUGAAAAUAAAAGUUACAAAUUAAAGCAAUCAAAUAUUCAAGAAAAAUUUCCAUUUUGUCUUUCACACAAUCACAGAUAUCAAGAGAAUUGGGGAUUUAUAUUUUAUAUAAUUAUUAAAUUAUAUUUAUUCAACAUAUCUGUAAAUUGUAACCACAAAACCACUAGGUGCACUUUCAUGACAGUACGCUGCUAGCCAGUGUUGGAUUCCGUGUGCUUGGCUGCUCGCCCAGUACCCCCAAAAAACUUGUCUGGAUCCACCACUGUGAAAAUAGUCGGUUUAUCCUUUAAUAGAUGCAAACAAUGGUACAAUAAUAGACAAUUCCCAUUAUAGACCAAUUUUUUAUCUUGGCAAAAAAAGUGUAUUCCCGGAAAGAGCAUGCUAAAAUUAGUAAAAUUGCAAAGUUUGGUUGCGAAAUGUUGUAAAAUGCGGAAAAUAUAGCCUGGCAAAGUUCGCAAUUUUUGUAUACUUUUGUAUUGCAUGCGGAAAUUGCUACCACAUUUGGGCCGAAAAUGGUAGCAAUUUCCGCACGCAACACAAAAUUAUAUAUACAAAAUAUACAAAAUUUGCAAACUUUGCAAGGCUAUAUUUUCCGCAUUUUACAACAUUUCGCAACCAAACUUUGCAAUUUUACUCAUUUUAGUAUGCUCUUUCUAGCUGUGGUGAUUUAUUUGCACCCCCCUGCUUAGUUUUAAAUUAGUCUAUAAUGGGAAUUGUCUAUUUUACGGUUGCUUAUUAAGUUAGCCCAUUGUGGUUAUUUAAGCAACCGGUGUCUUGCAAUUAUCUUUCUGUUGAGUGUGAUAAAAAAAAAACUGUAAAUGUAAAAUGCUUAUAGACACAAAUAAAUGUUGUUGUUGUUGUUGUUAUUAUUGUCCUGUGUGAUUAUCUCUAAUAUUGAUUUUAUUUGUUACAUAUACUUUGCAGAAAGCUCAAAGAGUAGACAUGAUUAUGAAAGCAAAGAGUUUGACAGGGGCAGGUCACCAAGAGUGCUUGAAAAAGACAAAAGAGACACAAAGAAAUCUGAGAAAGCAGUUGGCAAAUCUGAGGAGAAUUCCCAACAAAAAGACAAACUAAACUCUUCUGACAAGAAGCUGAACAAUGGGAAAUCAAACAGUGGACAUAGGUCACCCGGUGUGGAUAAUCUUUCACUAAAGUCUUUAUCUCCUCGGACCGAGAAGCCGUCAGGACUAGUUACAGAUGUGGGGAAGAGUCUGGAUAAUAGUUUGCAAGAUACUACCAAUAAUUAUUUACCAAUGGUUGAAGACAUCUCUCCUGUAUCAUCACCAACCCAACCCAAACCAAUGUCGUACCCGCCUCCUAACCAACCUGAGGUAUACCCACUGCCUAACCAACCAGAAGUCACGAGUACCACAGUACAGAUAGAAGCAUCUAUUGAUAACAAGGUACAAGCAAUAUCAUCUGAGGAUAACGAUGAUGCAAUGUCAUUAUCAUCUAUAAGUUCUAACGAAGAGACCCUGGAGGUCACCAAGCCUGUACCACCAGUUCCCCCACCUAUUCCAACCUUCACACCCACCUAUGCUCCUCCAGUCCUACCACCACCUUUUAUGCCACCUUAUAACCCUAGUAUUCCUCCACCAUCCUACCCCGCGAUACCAAUAGUCCCUCAUCGUAUACCUAUACCCCCAUUAUCAAUGGCCACCUUACCUCCACCUCACCCCUUAGUCCCUUCUGCCUUCCACACUACCUACCCCCCUCAAUUUGUCUCAACUCUGAAUGGAGUCCCCACUCCCCCUGUCUAUCAGACAUUCCCUACGGGGUGUAUGCCCUCACCCCACGAGCAAAGACCGCCAGUCAGGAAAAACUGGAAGAUCAGGAUCUCAGAAGAGGUUUUGAAGAGAGUCACGGAGGAACUGGCGCUUAUUUUAAAGAAAGAUGUUAACAAGAGAUUGGUGGAGAAUUCUGCAUUCAAAGCUUUGGAUGGAUGGUGGGAUAAUGCACAGAAAUCGAAGGUUAGUCUAAGGGGCUGAUUACAUGGAGCGAUUUCAGCCCGGGCUUUAACGAUAAAUCCCAAUAAAAUCCCGUGUGCGAUUACAUGGCAAGAAUUUCAGCCUGGGCUGAAAUUUCUGCCCUGUUCGAGCUAUCCUGGCUGAAAACUCAGCCUGGGCUGAAAUUCUUGGCAUGUAAUUACUCAGAUCGAAAGUGCCCAUGGCCAUGUAAUCGUCAAAAUUUUCAGUCCGAUAAAGUAAGACCGGUCAUUCUCCAUUUUGCCGUGCAAUAUUGGCUGGGAAAGUUCUGCAUUGAAAAAUUUGCAUAUUUUCUUUCAUUUAGCUCAAGAAAUCAACACAAUCAGAAACACCUUCAGCUGCAACAAACCAAACAACAACCACAGCCCAGACACCGGAUAUGACGUCACCUCUGACGGCAUCUCUGACAUCACCUCUGACAUCAUCUCUGACGUCACCUCUGACGUCAUCGUUCUCCACAACCAUGAGCCAUGGUGGAAUGAUGGGAAUGGGACUUCGUGCCUCCCUUCCCAAGAUGCCCUCGUUUCGUAAACGUCGUCCACCUAGCACCAGCGGAAGUGAUUUGUAUGCAAAACGGAAACGAACAGAGCUGAGUCCUGAACGAGGACAAAAACGAACGACAAUCGACAGCGAUUCGGAUGUUUCCGGAAAACUUCGUGGGGAUAGUCCUUUGCCGAGUAAACGCCUUCGUAAUGAUAUGGGUGAUGACGUCAGCGUAGGAUCUCCAUGGCAACAGGAUGAUGACGUCACAGAUGAGCCACCUGCAACAAGUGUUCGAACAGAAGGUAGCUUUACAACCCUUAGUACCCCUAUAUUAAAUUAACACUGAAUACCCCUAUAUUAACACUGAGUUAGUUUGCUCAAACAUUUCUUACAAAUCCUUCAAAACUUAUGCCCUGGGCAAACUAGGAAACAUUGUUGCGUAAACAUUAUUCCCUACCAAUGUUUCGCCAUGUUUCCCAGAGUGGGCAAACACUAGGAAACAUUAGUGAGAAACAUAGGGAAACAUCAAAUGUUUCUGAUAUUUGUAGGAAACAUUUUUGCUUCCCGGGAAGCAAAUUUUGUUUUCGCAACAAUGUUUCCACGGGUGGGCAAACAUGGAAACAUUUGAGGAAACAUCGAGAAUCACAAAUGUUUCCGCAACAAUGUUUCCUAGUUUGCCCAGGGCUUUAGAAUGUACCUACUGUAUGCAGAAUUCCUACUGUGAUCACAGAAACUUUAAUAGUGGUAUUAAUAACUUAAAUUUACUAAAAACCUUUUGUUGUAUAUUUGUUAUAGUUGAUUCGACACUAUACACGAAUAUUUACUCGAGUCUGAGUGAGUCUGAAAGUUCACUGAGUGGCGAGGAGAGUGCAUCAGAGGAGUCUGGGGAAGAUGAUAGUGAUUGGGAGGAGGGUAGUCAGGGAUCACAGGGGACAUCCGAUUCUGAGGAGGAGACUGGGAAGGAGGAAGAUAUCGCAGGUAUGGAUGAAGUACUAAUUACUAAAUGUUGAUUUUUUGCAAAUUACUAAAUUUUGAAAAUUACUGUAGAACGAAAAGUACCGCAGACACCCCCAGGUACACCUCCUGAAAGUCCAUCGUCAACACCUGCUAUCUCUAGAACACCCUCAAAUGCCUCAAUUACCCCUACCGCGAGUCCUGUCGACGUUACUACGAUUGAUGACGAAGUUUGGGGCUUGGAGCAGAGUAGUAAUGGUUUGAACUUGAUAUCACAGGAUAAAGAAGGAACGUUCUGGUUACCGAAGGAUAUAGCACCUGAUUCAAAAUCUGCUGAUCUAAGUGAAUCAACAUCCGGUCAGGAAACGGUGAAUAAACAGGAGGGGAUGGGAAAUUGUUUGAGUGAGGGGGGUGACGAAGGACUCAGCGAAGCAUCCAGUAUCGUAGCCCCACACAAACACAUCCCUCCCAAGAUGCAAUCUACUUCUGAGGACUCGACUGUAGAAAACUUUAAAUCGCCUGAAGUGAAGCAGGGGGGUGAAGUACUGCCUGUUCCUAAGGAAAUUCUAGCUGAACCUGAGCUCCCCCCUGAGUUUGCACUCAGACCAUACUGGCAAGAUGAUAGACUGGUGUAUGAUUUCUUGGUGUCGGGUCUGGACUAUGAAGAUGCUUGUUAUCUAAAUAUUGGCUUUGAAAACUUACUUCAAGUUGGCUCAGAUUCUGUAGCGAAGGCGCAUUGGUCGUUUCAUCCAAGUAUCCUUUUAUAUUUUCACUUAGCCCAGGGGGUUUCCAAUAGAAGCCGACACCAUCCGGCGAUUUUCGCCGUCUAUAUCCUAGGCAACCGCCGGUUAUUUUUGAAAUUACAAACCACAAUAUUUCCUCUUCACCGCAAAAAUAUCAAGGAAAAGGUUCUUGCUUUCUAACAAAAAUUCUACACAACAGUCUUUGUUAAAUAUUUGAAUAAAAUGACAAAAACCUCCAAAAUCUAACUCUCCAAAAUAGCCGGAAAUGCCAUUUCAGAGGGUUUUCAAUUUCAAAAUCUUCGCAGAGAGACGUCCUCGGACCACCCUCCUCCCACUCUCCCAGGGGUGGUACCUUCUGUACUUCACGAAAGUACUGCCGCCUACUUCUUUCAAAAUGAUUCCUACUCCAAAUUCUGUUGGGAAUCCUGCAUGAUUCUUGUCCCAGUCGCGACAGAAACACAUUGGCAGAAAACACGUCCAGUGCAUACUUCUCUGCACUAUAACUGUUGCUCUAAGAUCAGAAAGGCUGGCUAUCUCUUAUGGUUCAAUGUUAUUACAAGAGAAAACUGGAAUACCAGAGAAUAGCUGUGGUGUUUGUUAGAGUCACACUGGAAGCACUCUUCUCACAUGUGACUGAGGUGAAAUUAUCAGACAACUGAGAAUUAAGGUUACAGGACACCCUUUUUGGCGUUUUGUGGAAAAUCGCUACUGCGCGCUCAAAAUCGGUCCGAUUUUCAUCACAUUUUCAUCACAUUUUCACCAAAUGUUCAUGUAAAAUAUGAUAAAGUUGUAAAAUUGACAAACAAUAAAAUAAUGUAAGAAUUAUUCAGGAAAAUCUUAAGUCGCGGUACCUUUACGCUUUUGAGUUAUGUUCCUGCUGGUUUUAAGAUAUAUUUAUGAAAAUAUCAUUUUUAUACAGUAAAAUAGUUGUUCUAAAAAAUCGUGUUCGGAAAUUUUUGUUUAUUUCGUCAUUCCGCUGAUAUGGCGAUUUCUUUGACGACUGCAAUAUAUUUCUGAAUCGUUCGUGUGAAUUGCUCCUUAUUAUUAAAAUAUACAAAAUUAGAACAAAGCCGAACACAAUUUUGAAACUGGCGUCUUUAGCUAUGUUCUGUCAAAAUUUGAGAAAAAUUGGUUGAAACCCGCAGGAGCACAACUCGUUUGAAAAUCAGUAAUUACCGUAAAAUUUUUCGGGAGAAAAUUGAAUUUGAAUAUUACAUUUUCAAUGUUUUUCUUAUUGCAGCGAAAUGUAUUUUACUAAAUAACUCUGCGAGUUUUCAACAUUUUUCGUUCAAACUUGGUCAGAUAGUAGAACUAGUCUAAUGCUUUCAUUGAAACCAAUAAAAAAAAUUUUAGGCAAAAUUAACACUCAAAGGUGUUCUGUAACCUUAAGCUAAUCGGCUUUUCGACAACCAGCCCGAGGUCACAAAGAUGAAAGACACAUGCCUGACCACUAUGUCACUACUGUAACACUACAAUGUAUUUCCUUAAUAUUAUUAAGCAACGUCUGCAGGUGUUCCCACCAAAGGAAGGAAACAAAAGCAAGAGAAUUGUGGUGUUCGUCUGCAUGACUCCGGCUGCGCGAGAUGCGAGGGAUAUUAUGAGCUGAGCAUGAAGGAGAAAGCGAAAUAUCUUGAAGCGGCAAGACGACAAGUGAAUAUGUCCGAGGCUGUCGUUAACAAGAAACAUAAUGAAAAGG